AUGUCCUCAGUACAGACUUCCAUUGUGAAUCCGGACAGAAAAAAUGCAACCAAUGAAGCAAUCGGUCAAGGCCAACCUGCUCGAAGUGCUCAGCACAAGAACUACAAAGGAUUCGUGGCUGGUGUAUUUUCCGGCAUUUCAAAGUUGAGCGUUGGACAUCCCUUCGAUACCAUCAAAGUCCGGCUUCAGACCAGUGAGAAGGUGCAGUUUAAAGGUCCUCUGGACUGUCUGCUGCAGACAUUACGGCAUGAGGGUGUACGAGGCCUCUACAAGGGGGCUACGCCGCCGUUGGUGGGAUGGAUGUUCAUGGACUCAAUAAUGCUAGGCUCACUUACCUUCUACCGCCGAAUCCUAAAAGACAAUGUCUUCUCCAGCCCAUCGAUCCUGACCAUUUCUCGGGCGACCAGUCGCAAAUUCGAAAACACCAAUCGACAGGUGGAAGACAGCCUUCCUACGACUGGACAUGGUAUAGCAGGAAUAAUGGCUGGUGGUACGGUGAGCUUCGUUGCAGCACCUGUAGAGCACAUCAAGGCUCGUCUACAAGUUCAGUACGCAGCAGACAAGAGCAAGAGAUUGUACAGUGGUCCAAUCGACUGCAUCACGAAAAUAGCUCGAGCCCACGGAAUACGGGGCAUAUACCACGGUCUUUCGGCCACCCUUCUCUUUCGCUCUUUCUUCUUCUUCUGGUGGGGCUCCUAUGACCUUUUCACCCGCUACUUCUCUGACCACACGCAACUCUCUACGCCUUCCAUCAACUUUUGGGCCGGUGGUCUUUCAGCCCAAGUCUUCUGGCUUACCUCAUACCCAUCUGAUGUCGUCAAGCAGCGAAUCAUGACUGAUCCACUCGGUGGUGCGCUAAGAGAUGGAGAAAGGCGAUUCCCAAGGUGGAAGGACGCGGCGAAGGAGAUAUGGCGAAGAGAUGGGCCAAGAGGCUUCUGGAGGGGCUUUGUGCCGUGCUUCUUGAGAGCCUUUCCCGCGAAUGCUUUUGCCCUGGUUGCCUUUGAAGGAGUCAUGAGAGGCCUUCCUGAAUGA